AUGAACCACAUCCGCUCGCCCAACGAGCCGCACCCGAGCGCCGCGGCAGCUUCCCCCCCUCCCUCCUCCUCCUCCUCCUCCUUCCCCUCCCCCUCCUCGCUGGACGCCGCGACGACGACGCACUCCCAGGGCCGCUUCCGCAUCGCCACGCGCAAGCUGCCCAUCUCCAAGGCCGGCGCCAUCGACGCCAUGACCGCGCGCAUCGGCAUCCCCAUCCCCGAGAUGAUCUUUGGCGACAACCUCGUGCGCGUCGCCCACGCGCCCUCCGGCUGGACCCUCGACUUCACCGCCCCCGACGCCCUCGACGCCGUCGACAAGACCGACCGGUGCAUGCUCAAGGUCGCCUACGCCCGCGACUGGGAGAGCACCCGCGAGGGCACCACCCAGAAGAUCAAGGAGGUUGUCAAGCCCUACGACUGGAGCUACUCCACGACGUAUGCCGGCACCGAGAAGCCCUCGACGAGCGGCGUGCGGCUGCGGGAGAGCGUGGAGGAUGUGAUACCGAUUGAGCUGCUGAAGCGCCGCGACCCGAUACUGUUCUUCGACGAGGUGGUGCUGUACGAGAGCGAGCUGGAUGAUAACGGCAUCUCCGUGUACAGUGCCAAGCUGCGCGUCCACGAGCACAGGAUGCUGCUCCUGUGCCGCCUGUUCAUGCGCCUGGACAAUGUGAUUGUGCGCAUCCGCGACACCCGCGUCUACGUCGACUUCGACACCGAGCAGAUCAUUCGCGAGUACACAGCCAAGGAGGCCAGCUUUGAGCAAGUAAAAACGGCACUGUACCGUUCUGGCCGCUUGCCUGACGACAUCACCAUCGGCCUACGGGACCCCAACAUUCUCGACCCGUUCCUCAAGACUGUCGAGCGUAGGAACGAGUCUGUGUCACUGAAGAGUGCCUAG